GUUCCAUAGUUACCCGUUAAAUCGUCAGUCACAUGCCGAUCUUACGUCAGGCACCGGAAGCCAGCCCCGACAACGUGACAUCCACCUGUCUCCGCAUCUCCGCAGGUACAACAACACCAACACCAAUACUAUACAUCCAUCUCGACCUUCAUCUUAUCCUCCUCCCACCUACAACUACUGAGCUCCAUCUCACACCGUGACCACAAAAUGCGUCCCCUGACACCAUUUCUCACCCUUCUGCCCCUCCUCCCCUUCAUAAGCGCCCACCCAACCCACCAAGUCCAAACCACAACCACCAGCACAACCAACACCACAACCGAGCUCCGCGCCCUCCCCCUCGUAAUCUGGCACGGCCUCGGCGACCAAUACCAAAGCCCCUCGCUGCAACACCUAAUCAAAGUCGCCGAAGACGCCAACCCGGGAACCUACACCUACCUAAUUCACCUCUCCCCCAGCAGCGCCGGCGACCGCCAAGCAACCUUCCUUGGCAAUCUCACCGAACAAAUCGCCUCCGUCUGCUCCCAACUCCUCCAAGAUCCCAUCCUCUCCACCGCUCCGGCCAUCAACGCCCUGGGCUUCUCCCAAGGCGGGCAAUUCCUGCGCGGCUACAUCGAACGCUGCAACGCUCCGCCCGUCCGCACGCUCAUCACCCUGGGCAGCCAACACAACGGCAUCUCUCAAUUCCAAUCCUGCGCCUGGAACGACUUCAUCUGCCGGGGGGCGGAAGCCCUCCUCCGCUCAGGCCGAUGGUCAACCUUCGUCCAAGGCCGGCUCGUCCCCGCGCAGUAUUUCCGUGACCCCGAACCCAGCGAAAUGGAGGAGUACCUCAAGCAUAGCAAUUUCCUAGCGGAUGUGAACAACGAGCGGGUGGUGAAGAAUGAAACGUACAAGGAGAAUCUGGGGAAAUUGGAGAAAUUCGUCAUGUACAUGUUUGAAAACGAUCGGAUGGUGGUACCAAAGGAAUCAAGUUGGUUUGGAGAGGUAGAUGGGGAAUCUGGCGGUGUAGUGGGAGUCAGGGAGAGGAGUAUCUACAAGGAAGAUUGGAUCGGGUUGAGAGAAUUGGAUGAACGGGGUGGGUUGGUGUUCAGGACACUUAAGGGCGGGCAUAUGGAGUUUGAUGAGGAGGAGCUGGUGGACAUUUUCAGAGAGUUUUUGGGACCCAUCGAGGUGGAGAUUCCUGAUGAUGAGGUUGAGGUCGAGAUAGAUGAGAGGGCGAGGUUGGUGAGCCAGGGAGGUUACUACUACUAGUAUUGGUUGAUUUGAUUCUUUCUUUCUUCUUCUUUCGCUUUGCGUUGCGUUGCUUUUCUUGAGGAAAAUGAGGAUGGUAGAAGGGGAAGAGUCGCGGCGCUACUACGGAGUAAUAUUAUAUAUUAUACCCGGUUGGUUCAAGCCUUUAGUUCAGUUCAGGUUCAGACUGUCUUCAAUUCUUCGCUUUCGCUA